AUGUCGGCCUCGGAAGCAACAAGGAACGACCCCGCCCCCGCCAAGAUUGUGGUGGGCACGCGCGAGUCUGCUCUCGCACUCAAGCAAACACAUCUUGUUAUCGAGGGAUUGCAGAAGCUGCGCCCCGACAUCAAGUUCGAAGUGAAUGCCAUGAAGACAAUUGGCGACAAGGAUCAGCUUACGGCGCUGUACAAAUUUGGAGGGAAGGGCCUCUGGACGAACGAGCUCGAGGCAAAGCUCGAAGUUGGCGCGGUCGACAUCAUCGUCCACUCGCUCAAAGACAUGCCAACUACGCUUCCCGAGGGCUUCAUUCUUGGCUGCAGCCUGGAGGGCAAAUACAAAACGAUUGGUGAGCUCCCAAAGGGCAGCGUGAUCGGGACAAGCAGUAUCCGGAGGAUAGCCCAGCUCAAGAGGAGAUAUCCACACCUCGAGUUCGCCGACGUUCGCGGCAACAUCCAAACUAGGCUGCGAAAGGGUGACGACGAAGAGGGUCCUUUUUCGGCCAUCAUUCUUGCCGCCGCGGGGCUCCUACGUCUCGAUUUUGGAGACCGUAUCGCGCAAUAUCUCGAUUCCGCAUCGGCUGGUAUCCUGCACGCCGUCGGUCAAGGUGCCCUAGGCGUGGAGGCCCGCAAGAGCGACAAGUUUGUCCUAAACCUCCUCAAGGAGUUUGAAGAUAAUCAAACGAUGCUCGCGUGUUGGGCGGAGCGGAGCGUCAUGCGAACGCUAGAAGGCGGUUGCAGCGUCCCUAUCGGCGUUGAGACCCGGUGGGUCAAUGGAAGGCUGAGACUUUCCGCUACGGUGGUGAAUUUUGAGGGCAACCAGUUUGCCGAUGUGGAGGAGGAAGCUGCCAUUGAAACGCAAGAAGAAGCGGAUAUAUUUGGCCGUGAGGUGGCAAGGAAAUUGACAGAGAAGGGUGCGGAUAAGAUUUUGGACGCCAUCAAGCAAGUUACGGAAAAGUAA